AAAAAGAAUGAGAAACUGCCUUCACAAAGCUUCCCUAAGUCAUGAACAUUAAAAACUUAGAUGAUGUAAAAUACAGAGUUCAUAAAAUUAAAGUUUUAGACGAAAAUGAUAAGAAGGCAAAAGCAGUGUUGACCCGGGCUGCCGACCAGGUGAUGCCAAUUAUGAGGAAGAUGCGCUUUUCGGUUGAGUUACUGUCCGAAUUUUUACCCCGGAGUCCCAAUUUGCUAGGGCUGAACAUUGUGGCUAAAUCAGAAAUUAAGAUACGGCUUCGGAAAAAAAGGGGAGGGGAGUUAUUUCACUUUAACGACAUCAUGGGGACGCUGCUACACGAGCUAGCGCACAUAGUGCACGGUGGACAUGACAGAUCAUUUUACGAACUCUUGGACAAACUAGUAUUAGAGUAUAAUAAAUUAUACACUUUUGGAAAAAUAGAAAAUCAAAUCAGUGGAGGAAAAAAAGCAGGAGGAAGUGAUUUCCGCAUAUGUAAUGGAAGCCCCAAAUUAAUGGCAGCACAGGCUGCUGAAAUGAGACUACUAAAUAAUUUUAUGAGCAAGGAUGGAGAAAUAUUAAAUGUGUCCCUUGGAAGUUGCUUAACACCAGAACAGUAUGACAAUUUAUUUAAAAAUCGAAAAGAACGUGAUGAUAAAAUUUGUUCCAUUUCGAAUGACAUAAUUGUGAUCGACUCGUUGGUGGAUCCUACCAACCAUGACGAUGGCGAAAAUGGGGAAACAUCACAGAAUACCAAAGGAGAUUUUAAAGCAUCAAAUUUGUUGCAAAGGAGGAAUAAAAAUGUUUUCAUUUCGAAUGCGGAUUGCAUAAAUGAGGAGAAACAGACACAUGCACCUACGCAGGAUGUGUGUAAAAAAUCAUUCAAAAUACCAGGGCGUAAUCCAAAAAAGAGGCAAGCGGCAUGUGAACAGGGGAGUGAAGAUAAAGUUAUAACUUUACCCGGUAGCAUAGGAGCCACACCUAAAAACAGCGGCAGCGACUGUGUGCACAUUGUGAAGGUCAAACGCGAUUGCAGCGGUGUGAAAAAGCCUGAAAAUGAAAAUGGCUCGACCGUUUCAGAUAAUGUGGGUAUCAAGAAGAGCAAAAAGAGAAAAGUUAUUGUUCUCGAUUAG